AUGGCUGCCCCCAUGAGGAAAGAUCGUGUUCACGGGGGCGACCCUCACGGGCAGACAUGGUUCUAUAUGGGGGUUUUGAGGCACACGAACAAGUACAAGGAGCAGUACAUGAAUGACAAGGGGAAAGGUCAUCAACUGCCCCAUGAUGCCAUGGAUAACAUGAGGGCUAAGGAGGCCAUGGACAUCGCUAGUGAGGUCAAGUAUGUGAAGAAAACUCGUGAUGAGAUGCAGAACCAGAUGUUCACAUCUGUGGACACCCUGGGGAACCUGACAGCCAAGGCCUGUAUGGACAUGAUCAGCAUGGUCAAGUACAAGGAGGAGGCUGAGAAGAUGAGACCUCAGCUCAAGAUGCCUCCCGACCUUCCUGAGGUCAAAUUGGCUAAGGAAGUCCAGCAGCUUCAGAGUCAUCAAAACUACACCAAGGACAGACCUACCAGCUACACCACUGUGUAUGACACCCCUUUCAUCAAGCAAGCUGAGUUGGUGGCUCAACUGCAAAGUGAUAUCCCCUACAAGAAGGAGAUGAAGGAAGCAGAAGUGAAGCAGUUCCCUGUACAUGAGACAGAGCAGUACAAGUACAUGCUGCAAGUGUCUGGAUACCAGAGUGAAAACAACUACAAGGACGAGGCCAAAUACAUCAUGCAUCAGGGACACAGUCAGUACCCCUUCACCCCUGAGAUGUCCAGGGUAGAGGAGACGGAGAAAUUAAAAUCUGAGAAACUAUACAAGGAAAACUUUGAGAAGCAGAGGGGCCAAUACUCUGUCCGUGUGGACGACCCUCAGAUCCUACAUGCAAAGGAAGCGGACAGCCUCCAGAGUGAGAACAAGUACAAGGAACAGUACCUACAGGACAAGCUUAAAAGUCAGUUCUUGCCACUCGAUGCCAUGGACAACAUGAGGGCUAAGGAGGCCAUGGACAUUGCUAGUGAGGUGAAGUACACCAGGCCAACUCGUGAUGAGAUGCAGAACCAAAUGUUCACAUCUGUGGACACCCUGGGGAACCUGACAGCCAAGGCCUGUAUGGACAUGAUCAGCAUGGUCAAGUACAAGGAGGAGGCUGAGAAGAUGAGACCUCAGCUCAAGAUGCCUGCUGACCUUCCUGAAGUCAAGUUGGCUAAGGAAGUCCAGCAGCUUCAGAGCCAUCAAAACUACACAAAAGACAGACCUACCAGCUACACCACUGUGUAUGACACUCCAUUGAUCAAGCAAGCUGAGCUGGUGGCUAAGCUUCAAAGUGAUAUCCCCUACAAGAAGGAGAUGAAGGAAGCUGAAGUGAAACAGUUCCCUGUACACGAGACUCCUGUGUACCUUAACCAGUUACAAGUGUCUGGGUACCAGAGCGAUCAUGUCUACAGGGACGAGGCUAAAACCAUCAUGGAAGAGGGACACAGUCAGUACCCCUUCACUCCUGAGAUGACCAGGGUUGAAGAAGCUGAAAAGCUCAAAUCAGAUAAACUGUACAAGGAAAACUAUGAGAAGAUGAAGGGCCAGUUCUCUGUGCGUUUGGACCAUCCCGCCCUCAUCCAUGCUAAGGAAGUAGCUGAUCUUCAGAGCGAGAGGAAAUACAAGGAACAGUACCUACAGGACAAGCUGAAGAGUCAGUUCUAUCCGGUGGAUGCCAUGGAAAACAUGAGAGCUAAGGAGGCCACAGACAUUGCUAGUGAGGUCAAAUAUACAGACAAGGCUCGCAAAGAAAUGCAGAAUCAGAUGUACCUUGCGGUGGACUCCCUUACUAACAUGUCGGCUAAACUGGUUCAUGAUCUUGUUAGCCAGGUCAAGUACAAGGAGGCAGCUGAGAAGAUGAGACCACAGCUCAAGAUGCCUCCCGACCUUCCUGAGGUCAAAUGGGCCAAGGAAGUCCAAGAGCUUCAGAGCUAUAAAAACUACACCAAGGACCGCCCAACUAACUACAUGACAGUUUAUGACACCCCGGCCAUCAAACAGGCAGAGCAGGCAACCAUGAUACAGAGUGAUAUCCCAUAUAAGAAGGGUGUAAAAGAAGCAGAAGUGAAGCAGUUCCCUGUACACGAGACGUCGCAAUACGAGUUUAUGCUGCAAGUGUCAGGGUACCAGAGCGAUCAUAACUACAGAGAUGAGGCCAAGUACAUUAUGGAAAAGGGACACAGUCAGUACCCCUUCACUCCUGAGAUGACCAGGGUGGAAGAAGCGGAGAAACUCAAAUCAGAAAAACUUUACAAGGAGAACUCUGAGAAGCAGCGUGGCCACUACUCUGUCCGAUUGGAUGACCCUCAGAUCCAGCAUGCAAAGGAGGCCGACAGUCUCCAGAGUGAGAACAAGUAUCGUGAGCAGUACCUGAAGGAGAAAGGCCAGGGCCUCAUGUUACCGCUGGACUCCAUGGACAACCAACGGGCUAAAGAGGUCUCUCAACUUGUCAGUGAGGUGAAAUAUGCCCAGGAUGCUCGUAGGGAAGCUCAAGAGAAGAUGUACAACACGGUGGACUCUCUGACUAGUAUGACUGCUCAAGUGGUCUCACAACUCACCAGCCAGGUCAAGUACAAAGAGAAGGCAGACAAGGAAAGGUCUCAGCACAAGGUGCCUGCAGACACUCCUGAGGUUGCCUGGGCUAAGGAGGUGCAGCAGCUACAGAGCACGAAAAGCUACACCAAGGACAGGCCAACCAACUACAUCCCUGUGUACGACUCUCCUCACAUCAAACAGGCAGAGGAGGCCACCAAACUGCAGAGCUCUCUCCAGUACAGUGACCGAGAUGCUGGCACUUUGCACUCAGAGUUCAGAGGUCAGCGCUACACCCCUCUUGAAACUCUGGAGAAGAAACACACGGACGACAUCAGGAACAUCGUCAGUGAUGUGGUCUACAAGGACGAGGCUAAGGAGAUCAUGCAGAAGGGACACAGUCAGUACCCCUUCACUCCUGAGAUGACUAUGGUGGAGGAGGCUGAGAAGCUUAAAUCAAAUCAUCUGUACCAGGAGAACUACAAGAAGUACCUGACCAACUUCACCAUCCGUGCUGACUACCCAGAGUUUGUGUUCGCUAAGGAGACAUCGGACCUGCAGAGUGAGAACAAGUACCGUGAGCAGUACAACAAGGAAAAGGGCCAAGGUCUUAUUUUGCCCCUGGAUACCAUGGACAACCUCCACGCCAAGGAGGCAGUAGCACUGGCAAGCGAGGUUAAGUACACUCAAGAUGCUCGUAAGGAAGCACAAGAGAAGAUGUACUCUCCUGUAAACUCCCUCACUCUCAUGACAGCCAAGAUGGUCACCGACCUAACUAGCCA